AAAAAUUGCUCAAAAAGGACUUUGAAGUUUCUGUAGUGAACUGUGUAAAGUGAAAAUAAAACAAAAAUAAACACAAGGAUCCAGCAUGGCGAAUAUGGACGUUAACGAGUUCCGGGAGUUUGGAAAGGCGGCCAUCGACUGGGUGGCGGACUAUCUGGAGAACGUUCGGGAUAGAGAGGUCCUGCCCUCGGUGGAGCCCGGCUAUUUGCAUAACAUGAUCCCGUCUGAGAUUCCCGAGCACGGUGAUCACUGGAAGUCAAUCAUGGAGGACUUCAAGCGGUGUAUCCUUCCCGGCAUAACCCACUGGCAGUCACCAAACUUCCACGCCUUUUACCCCUCACAAACCUCGUACUCGUCGAUCGUGGGUGAAACGCUGGCCGCUGGGCUGGGUGUCGUUGGAUUUAGCUGGAUUUGCAGUCCCGCUUGUACCGAGCUGGAAGUGAUCAUGAUGAACUGGUUGGGCCAGCUGUUGAAUCUACCCAAGUGUUUCUUGAACUGCGACGAUGGCAACGGUGGAGGCAUCAUCCAAGGAUCGGCCAGUGAGUCGAUCUUCGUGGCCGUGUUGGUAGCUCGCGAGCAAGCCGUUCGUCGGUUGAAGGUGGAACAUCCAGAGCUAACGGAAGCGGAGAUUCGAGGUCGCAUGGUAGCUUACACCAGUGAUCAGAGCAACAGUGCCGUGGAAAAGUCCGGAAUUUUGGGUGCGAUCAAGAUGCGUUUGCUGCCGGCGAAUGACGAUUGUGUGCUGCGAGGAAGUACGCUGAUCAAGGCGGUUGAGGAAGACAAGGCCAAUGGACUGUUUCCGGUGAUUAUGGUUGCUACGCUGGGAACGACCGGAACUUGCGCGUACGAUAAGCUAGAAGAGAUUGGACCGUACUGUAAUGAGAACAAUAUCUGGCUUCACAUCGAUGCUGCGUACGCAGGAGCUUCGUUCUGUCUGCCGGAGUACGCCUGGAUCAAGAAGGGACUUGAGGCGGCCGAUUCGCUCAACUUCAACUUGCACAAGUGGCUAUUCGUGAACUUUGACUGUUGUGCGAUGUGGUUCAAGGAUGCCAACAGAAUCACCGAUGCGUUCAGUGUGGAUCGGAUCUACCUGCAGCACAAGUAUCAGGGACAGAGCAAAGCCCCGGACUAUCGCCACUGGCAGAUUCAGCUCGGUAGACGAUUCCGUUCGCUGAAGGUUUGGGUCACCCUCAAGACCAUGGGAGCAGAGAAGAUCCGAGAGCUGAUCCGAUUCCACAUAAGCUUGGCUCAAAAGCUCGAGGCUUACGCUCGGGCUGAUGAUCGGUUUGAGGUGACUUCCUCCACCCUGGCACUGGUGUGCUUCCGUCUUAAGGGAGAGGAUGCGCUGUCGAAGCAACUGCUCGAAAACAUCACCAAGCGCAAGAAGAUCUACAUGAUUCCGGCAACUUUCCAGGGCAAGUUUAUCCUUCGAUUCAUGAUCGGCGGAAUCGAUCCUCAGCCGGCAGAUAUUGAUUAUGCCUGGAACGAGAUCAAAACACAGACAGAUGUGCUGCUGGGAGUUGACGAAAAUGGUAACGAUGUCACCGUUAAAGAUAUUAUUAAGCAGGAAAUGUUUGAGAAGGAGAAGCCUAUCGGAAUGAUUACAGAAUCCCUGAAUGGGCUUGUGUUGGCUAAUGAAAAGGCAAAGUAGUGAACUAAAUGUUACUUUUUAAGUUAGUGUUAUUUCCCAUGACAAUUUGUUUAAGAUUUUUACUUAGACAUAAGAUUAUCAAAUAAAUAGUUG